GUUGCAGAAGUUUGACCUGUAUUUUCAUACAACAUAUUCAACUGAUCCAUUACUUUCUCUAGGGUGUAAGUACUUGAGAAAAAUAUUACUUUCACUGAAAAUGAAAAAUAUAAAUAACACAGAAUUUUGUCAAGUCAACGUUAUUCUCAUAUUUGCAGUUUCACAUUCGAUUAUUAAGGAAUAAUUAAAAUUAAAAUAAUUUAUGCUAAUGUGGUUAUACUUACAAUUACUUCAAAGUCACGGCAGAGCUAUUUAAUCUUCCAUCUUCUUUAAGCUUUAUUUACCAACCACUGCAUGAAAUUGAAUUUACUUCAAGGUCUUUAGAAGUCCGAGUUUCUUUCAAAAUCAUUUUUAAGUCCUUGACUACUCUAAAAAGCCAAGAAUGUUCAAUAUGGAUUGCAAGUUUCUCUUGAUUGCAAUGUGUUUUAUUCUAUCAGUUCCUGCAUCUGACUCUGUUUUGAGAGGAGGCUCAUCGCUCUCCGUCGAGAAUCCAGAUGACAUUCUGAUAUCUCCAAAUCGAGUUUUCUCUGCCGGAUUUUACCCUGUUGGCGAAAAUGCAUACUCGUUUGCUGUAUGGUUUAGCAAACCAUCCUGUACUAACAAUUGCACCGUUGUUUGGAUGGCAAAUCGUGAUUUCCCAGUUAACGGUAAAGGAUCAAAUCUCUUCCUGCUUAAAACUGGAAAUCUGAUCCUCUCUGACGCCGGUAAAUCAACAGUUUGGUCAACAGGCACUGAUUCAAUCUCUCCGGCAGAGUUACGACUCAAUAACACAGGCAAUCUUGUUCUGCAAGAUACAGACGAUGCUGUUUUGUGGCAAAGCUUUAAUUCACCUACGGAUACGCUUCUUCCUCUGCAGCCAUUCACUAGAUACACACAGCUCGUCUCAGCAAGAAGCUACAUUAACUCUUCUACUGGUUUCUAUAAACUAAUUUUUGAUGAUAAUAAUCUGAUGCGUCUCAUUUAUGAUGGUCCAGAGGUUUCAAGUGUUUAUUGGCCAUACCCAUGGCUUCAAGAUUGGGAUGGUGGAAGAACUCCGUACAAUAGUACACGGAUUGCUUCAUAUGAUUUGUUGGGUGAAUUUACUUCAUCUGAUAAUUGGAAUUUUCUAGCAGCAGAUUAUGGAUCGAGGCUCCAACGCAGACUAAAAAUUGAUUCUGAUGGCAAUGUUCGAAUGUAUAGCCGAGAAGAAGGAAUCUCAAGUUGGAUUGUUUCAUGGCAAUCAAAAUCUCAAUUGUGUGAGAUUCACGGAAUCUGUGGACCUAACAGUGCAUGCUUUUACGAUCCGGUUUAUGGCAGAAAUUGUUCUUGCCUGCCAGGGUUUAAGAUAAAGAAUCCUGCUGACUGGUCUUAUGGGUGUGAACCGAAGUUCAAUAUCUCGUGUGAAAAUCGUGAAGAGACGAGUUUCAUAAAACUCGAGCAUGUUGAAUUUUUUGGCAACGACGCUGGUUUCUAUAACCAGAAUGUCAGCUUAGAGAUGUGCAAGAAAUAUUGUUUGGAAUUGUGCAGUUGCAAAGGGUUUCAGUACAGGUAUAUUGUAAAUACUCCAGAACCUUACUGCUACCCUAAAAUGUUACUAAUGAACGGACAACGUGCCCCGAAUUUCGGUGGAGACUUCUACGUGAAAGUUCCGAAAACCUUUCUAGUAUCCGACGAAGAGACAGCUUCAGGAUUUGGGUUACAAUGCUCCAAUCAUAUUGUCAUUCUAGACAGAACUUAUGCAAAAGUAAGUCAAGAUGAGACGGUGCAGGCUGUUCUUUGGUUAGCUUGCGCGUUGGCAGGCGUUGAGAUUAUAACGGUAGUUUUUGUUUGGUGUUUCUUAAUCAAGUCUAAUGAAGCUACAGAAAGCUAUAAUCCUGCAGGAGCUGGAUUUAGAAGAUUUACUUUUUCUGAGCUCAAAAAGGCAACCAAAAACUUCAGCCAGGAAAUUGGAAGAGGAGCAGGAGGAAUUGUGUACAAGGCGGUGCUGUUUGAUGAUCGAGUUGCAGCAAUCAAAAGGCUUAACAUAGCUAACCAAGGCGAGGCAGAGUUUUUAGCAGAAGUCAGCACCAUUGGGAAGCUUAAUCACAUGAACCUCAUUGCAUUGUGGGGUUAUUGCGCCGAACAGAAGCACAGGCUAUUGGUGUACGAAUUCAUAGAGCACGGUUCCUUAACCGAAAAUCUUUCCUUAAACACACUAGAUUGGCAAAAACGGUUUGAAAUUGCAUCAGGUGCCGCGAGAGGACUAGCUUAUCUACACGAAGAGUGCUUGGAGUGGGUUUUACAUUGCGACGUAAAGCCACAGAAUAUACUAUUAGACUCUAAUUACCAGCCAAAGGUAUCGGAUUUCGGGUUAUCCAAGCUACUGAGCAGAGGUGAUCGAAACCUAAAUCAUUCAAUCUUUUCAAAGAUAAGAGGAACCAGAGGCUACAUGGCUCCUGAAUGGGUAUAUAACCUGCCCAUCACAUCAAAAGUUGAUGUUUAUAGUUAUGGAAUUGUUGUGCUGGAGAUGAUAACAGGAAAAAGUCCAGCAAUUGGCGAGACGGAGCACAAGGGAUUGGUGACAUUGGUAAGGGACAAGAAAAAAGAAGCUGACGGAGAAACACCAUGGAUAGAAAGCAUCGUAGACCCGAAUUUGGAAGGAAAAUAUGAUGAAGAUCGAAUGGAAAGUCUCGUCGGACUAGCCCUGCAAUGUGUGGAGGAAGACAGAGAUGCAAGACCUAGCAUGAGCAGAGUUGUUGAGAUACUCUUGCAUCAUCAAAUUUAUAAUUAGUAUGUAUGCAUUAUCGAAAAUUAUUCUGAAACUCCGAAACUUUAUAUUUAUAACUUAUACUUAGAAUGAAGUUGUAUUUUCAGUACAAACAAUAAGUUCAAGGAAAUCUGAAAAGCUCCUUAAAUUCAAUAAUAAUAAAAUUCUCGAGUAAAUUUCUGUA